AUGGGUGACCACGACCUGUGGACCUGGCCUGACGACAUACAAGGACUAGCCGGCCAGUGUGGCCACCUCCUGCAAUCCGGGAGCGAUCCCUUUCUAUGCGCGGCAAGUGCCGAGCUCAGGUCCAACCUACGGCCCGCUCCUCCCACGAACAACAGUUCUCGGCCUCCUGUUCCACCGGACAGCACAUCUGGCGUGGCGUACCCAUGCGAUCGAGGGGCCCUGAUUGCCCUAACCACCGUUUGGAUACUGCCUCUUUUCCGACUUGACGCCCGACCGUUCACGCUCAUUAUACUGUCAGUGCUCAUUGCACAUGCAUGGGGCACUUCAGGAGCUACAGAGUUGCCGGACGACGAAGCCAGCGACAUUGUCCCUGUACUUAAAAGCACACGCACUUGCACUGUGGCCUGGGGACAUGAGCUGUCUUGCCAGACUAACACAUUCUCCGUAGAGGCCAGGGAUGUUCUUGCUUACAUUCGGGAGGUAUCGCCUGACCCCCUUGUGCGUGUUCAGUUGUGGACCCCAUAUCAUGGACCAGCUGCCUUCGAGUUCCACAGAGACUCUACUCCCGAGUGCUUUGGCCAAUUGCUCACUGCUGCCGGACACACCACCGACAGGGCUCUGGCUGUUGCAUAUGACACCCUUGGCACCACUCUCGACUUGGUGUCUACUCCUAUCGGCCCCACAGUAUGGUGGAUUGUCCGCGAUGGCCUCAGCCGCGAGCUUUUGCGACCUGUUUCGCGCCUCAGUCAACUGCCCCAGGGUGUGCGGGCAACCGUCGCCAUUGGCACGGUUGCUCGAGCACGAGGUUACGGAAUCAGCUGGGCCUUCCUCCUCUUAGGAUCUGGACAUACUCAUGUGAUGCCCCUGUCGAAGUUCCUUUCGAUUCUACGCCUGACCUUACGUUAUACGGGCUGGGACGCCCCAGCGGAUCCUGGCUGCAUUAUGCCCUUUGACUAUGACAUAUGCUGCAACCGCCUCCGAGUCGGAGGCGGCGCAGGGGCCUACGCGCCCUCUUUUGGGGAAGCUCAUCAUAGGCUAUUCACCUUAUCCCUGCCGCUGAGAGGAGCUCCAGACCAUACCGCUUUGGCAAUAGGGAAGGCAGAGUCAUUGCUCCUUACCCGACUAGGAGGUCUGCGGGAGCAGGCACUGCCGCUUCACUAUGCUUUGCCCAUGGCGCGAGACGGGCCACAGACCGUUGCUUUCCAACACCAAGAUAUGUUGCGAGGAUAUGCCAUGUGGACCCAAGGGGUCGGCCUCCUCUGCACCAUGCUGAUCCGACUAUGGGACCCCAACUGGCCUCGACCAAUUGUCACGUGGCUCAGCCCUGGAAUCGAAUGGCAGCCUUCAUCGUUGACGUUUUCAGGUUCUUUCCAGGAAUCCUACCCUGGCAGGUGGGUGCCGGUUGCUUGGGGCCCCAGCAAGAUCCUUCAGUUUGUCAGAGCAUCGGACUCGAGACAUCGAGUCCAUAUUCUGGUGGAACAGGAUGAUCGGACCUUCGUUACCACGCUCGAUCCUCGAGAGUCGGGGCCCCUCAUACAGCUGAGCUGCGCUUUCCUCUUCGGCCGACACCUCAAAGUCCUACCUCUGCUAAUGCUUGCGGCACAAGCCACCUUAGCAGGCCAGCCCCCGGCCAUCAAGAUGGAGGCCAGAUCUGCCGAUGGAGCCAGGGAGCCCGAUGUCUUGCUGACACUAGCGGAGACACUGUCCAGGCAGCGUUGCAGCGUUGGCGGCUUGGCGAGGCUCGCUAGCGUUUUGGUUUUCACCCCUGGGUCCCUCGCUGCCCACCUGGUGCCUCGCGUCAUUUCCUUUCGGCGGCUACAUGCAUUCUUGCGCCGCCUUGUCGCCGGCACACUUCGGAUCCGACUUCCCCCAGCCUUGCGGGCUUCGGAACACGGCCCUGAUGCCAACAUCAUCUUGCGCGACGGUGAUGCCUUCGAACUCUUCAAUGACGCAUCGCAUACCUCAUAUCGGCCUGGACAGCAAGCACCUAUCAUUCCCUUUACCAGCCUACCGUGGGUCCCGGCUAUAGGUGCUGAAGAUGAUUGUUGUCACUUUGUCCGACAAUCCGAUUUAGGGGGCGAAGCCUCAUACCCGAGCGGCUGGCGACUGCGGGCUGAUAUUGCCGCCAGGUCCUCAAUUCUCCACCUUCGCGACGGUGACAUUCUGGUACCCGGAGCCGGACCGUCGCGCCGCCGGGUCCAGUUUCGUGCCCUCCCUUCAGCUACUGUGGCCCUGCUCGGCAUGCGGGGUUACAUCAUCCCGGCCUUGCUCGCCCUUCUGGUUAAUCUCCAAGGGGGCGCCUACGGGAUGCAGGCCAACCCUGCACCAGGACCCUGUGCUGGCAAGUGCCGAGUCGGCAAGUUCGAUUGGAGGAUCCCGCCCCAUCUGCGGAUGUGUAACUUUGCGGUUGAAUCCGGCGCCACGGCAUGCGCUAUAUCGCCUUUUGUCGGGCACUCCGACAAUGUUAGUGUUGACCCAGACACGAGCCUCGAUCAACUUGCUGAUGUUUUUCUCAACAACGAGCCGCCAUGGGCGUCCGGCAUUGUCCCAGUUUGGCCUGCACUGGCUGCACACGUCCUGAGCUUUGUGCUCGAGCCAACCCAUCCCAGCAUGGCGGUCAUUCUAGUCGUGUCUCCCGACUGGCAAGCGUCGUUUCUUGUUCCAAGUCGUGCGGACCCCAGGUGGCUCUUGCGCUACUUGCAAGGGGCCUCCAGAUACCCAAUUUUUAAACUUCAUCCGCCUCUAAAUGCGGGGCCGCACGAUGCCAGCGCGAAUGAAGCCAUUGACUGGCGAACGGGAGAUAUGGUCUUUGCCCAGCCUUGUGAGGGCUUCCCCCACAGCCUCUCACCACCGAGCUUUACCAGUGGCAUACACGUGCGCCACAGAGCCAUUUGGGGCGUUGACUUUAAGGUUUUGUGCCCUCUCACCAUUGUGAUAUGGCGCCCUGGCCAUCCCUACACCAAGACCACUAUGCCGCCUGGGGCACAUUGGCUCGCUGAUAAGCAGACCUUUCAGGGCGAGUUUGAGCAGAGAUACCCCGGGUACUGGGUCCCCGUGCCCUGGGCGUACGAUGACCGCCCUCAUAUUUGCCAGAGGCCGAGUAGUCCCGAUACCUUACAUGUUAUUUACGAGCAUGUUGAUGGACAUAUACUGCAAGGACAAUGCCUACCAAUUUCCACGUGGUCCACUCUCGACUCUGUUGCAGGGCAGCUAGGCGUAGCCCCCAAUCAGCUUGUCCUUCUCGGUGUCGACAGUCGCCCUGCACAUCGGCCAUUGCGAGACGGUGACAUUCUCCAUCAUCUCCAUCUAGAACCGGGCGACCACUCUGACGCUAUAUCUCUGACGGCCUCCUUGCCCCUUUUGCUCGCCAUAGCUUUCAAGCACCACGCUUCACAGCUCCAUACUGUCUUUCUCGCAGCGGGCAUAUCUUGGCUCAUGUGCCAGCCAGCCCGCUCCGCCCCGGCACCGGAUGAUUUGGAUACAAGCGAAGGCAAAACAGGACUUGUUCGCAUCAGCCCAGCUCUUCACCCCAGCGAGGACCAUUGGGUUCCCAGCUCUCCUUCCCCCCUCUUUGCAACUGUACUUGCCUUAGGCACUGCCCACCUCAGUGGCCGCAUUCCGACGCUCGCUGAGCAUUUUCCCCAAAACACCGAAAUUUCGUUGCGCGAUGGUGACUCGAUAGUUGUGCACGGACGCCGCUGGCGUCCCACCCUACUCCAACGUCAGCCUGCGACUUUUCGCAAUCAUGCAGCAGCCCGUGUCUACGGGAGCUGGAGCCACCCCCUCUCCUUCCAAAGCGAUUGCUGGAUCUUGAUGUGGCGUCCCGGUGGCGCCCCACCCUCCGCAAUUUACGCCGAAGGUCACCAGCAUUGGGACCCCGAGGCACGUACGAUCCGGCCAGCGUUGGGACUUCUUCCCGACGGCUGGUGGCCCUCCUUACACGGGGGAACCUCCGAAACUGAACCCCUCCACAUCGUUAAAGCAUCCGGUGACUCGCGUUGCGCCAACAUUUUGUACUGGCCCCAACGCUGCUGCCAACGGGUGCAUCUUGAAGAUUCGGAUGCAUGGCGGGAUGGAGAUGUCAUCUUUGCCACUUCGUCACGGAACGCAGGGCCCGAGCUGGCAUUUGCCAGUCACUCGCCCACUUCUUCAAGCAGUCGCCCUCUGCGGGGCCCCUACCGUUACUUUGCCGCACUUGUUGCCGUUGUCUUUUGGACCUCCUUGACCGGUUCAACAUGGUCUGCCCCAGGCGGGCCCUCUUGGGGCAUCUGCCUACUGGCCUGCUACCUCUCUGCGUACGGGGCACCGCCCCCAAUCGAUGUGGCUCCAGCCGUUUGGGAGCGCGACAUGUCUGCACCUGCCUGCCUUACUGCUCGUUUACACGAGUACUGGUGGACGCAGCGGCACGGCUCCAUCCACAAUGCGGCCUGGAUUCCUCCGCGGCCCAGCUCGCCGAGAUCUCCAACGCUGACCUCGGUCCUUUUGCUCAGCUCUGGCUAA